AUGUCAGAGGCCGGCGAUCCCCUCGACUCCCUCCCGGCGGCGAUCCUCGCCGACGUCCUCGGCCGCGUGUCCGACACCGGGGACCUCGCGGCUUGCCGCCUCGCCUCGCGCGCGCUCCUCGCCGCCUCGUACCACUGUCCGCGGGUGAGCCUCAGCGCGGCCGUCCGCGCACGCCGCCGCCGCGAGGGCGGGGGUGGGGACGCCUUCCGCUCGGCCGCCGCGAACGUCGCCGCGCUCAUCGGGCCGUACCUUCGGUCCCUCGCGCUCGACGCGUCCGAGGGACAUGGUUUCCCCGACGACGCCAUGUGGGUGGAGGAAGGGGAGUUCGACGAGGGCGACGACCUGCACCUCACCUGCGGGGAGUCCGUGGCGUCGUGGGCGGCCACUGCCGCUGGUCCCGCCCUCCGGGAGGUGGACAUCGCCGACUUCUGGCCGCAGUCGUGCUGGCGGAAGGCGGAGGCGCUGCCAGUUAUCUCCAACUUCUGUCAUAAUCUCGUUAAACUGAGGCUGAAAAAUGCAUGGCUAUCUGUUGCUGGGCUCAAGAUAAUGCCAACUCUGACUCAUCUGGCACUUGAGUUCAUUAGAUUAGAUGACGAGGACCUCAGCGCACUGAAUAGAUGUUUCCCUUGCCUUGAGACUCUCAAUCUUAUUGGAGUCGGAGGGCUUAAGGACCCGAAAAUUGACCUUCCUCAACUGAAGACUUGCUGCUGGGAGGUAUCAAAUAUUCCGCGGUCUCUAGCUAUCCACGCGCCUAAAUUGGUCCAUCUUGAGUUAAAGUGUGUUCACCCAGAAAUCCUCAUCUUAGACAUUCCAUCAGUGUCUACUUUGAAACUCACCAUUGAUAAGCUUGGCCCAACUGUCCAAGCUGAUGGCCUUGUGAGUUUGACAAAUCUUCGGAUUGAGUCACUUGAUCUAGAUUCCCUCCUGCAGCUGUUUACAAGCGGUCGAAAUAUCAGGACACUAGAUCUUGAGCUACCAGUUUCUGCAGGUCCUACUCUCCAAGAGGUGGAUAUCGCUGACUUCUCGCCGCUGCCACGCUGGCUGAAGGCGGAGGCUCUCCCUGUCAUCUCCCACUUCUGUCAUAAUCUUUCAAAAUUGAGGCUGAAAAAUGCAUGGCUAUCUGUUGAUGGGCUCAAGAUAAUGCCAAAUCUGACUCAUCUAGCACUUGAGUUCAUUUUAUUAGAUGACGAGAACCUCAGUACAUUGAACAAGUGUUUCCCUUGCCUUCUUACUCUCAAUCUUGUUGGAGUUGGGGGCCUCAAGAACCCCAAGAUUCACCUUUCUCAACUGAAGACUUGCCACUGGGAAGUAUCGAAUGUUCCAGAGUCUUUAGCUAUCCAUGCCCCCAACUUGGUUUACCUUGAGUUAAAGUGUGUUCGACCAGAAAUCCUCAUUUUAGAUACUCCAUCUGUUUCUACUUUGAAACUCACCAUAGAUAAACUUGGUCCAACUGUCCAAGUUGAUGGCUUUGCUAGUUUGACAAAUCUUCGGAUAGAAUCACCGAAUCUGAAUUCACUCUUGAAAGUGUUCGUAAACAAUAGAGAAAUCACGACACUAGACCUUGAGCUACCUUCUUCUAAAAACGGCUUUGCACUAUACGAAGCGGUGAAUCCAGAGCUGUUCUCAAGAACCACUGAAGUCAAGCUGUCGCCAAGGUUUUCAUAUGAACUGAUGAGGCACACCGUGUUCUCGAUGACUGCUUAUGACUGCAGAAGCUGUUUGAAGAAACUUCUUGUCCAUAUGCCUCCAUCGAUCCUUACUGGUUGUCCGUUUGUACCCUUGCUUAACAACUGUGCACCAUCGUGCGAGGUGACUGUUCUUUUCCAUGCCGAUUCCAGCUGUAAUGCUCGUCAAGCUGCAGCAUCAGUUUGGCCACUGGGGUUUCCAGAUAUCACAUGGCAAUGGGGUACUUGGCAGUAAGUAAUCCUGCAUAGAUGCUUCGUUUGAACAAUAUCAAGAAUCACAGAACUAGCAUCUUGGGAGAUCCGUUGUGAAUUUGAACUUGAAUUGGAACACUUGUUAACGCAAUAGCGUCUGAAUAGUGUUUUCAGCUGGUUGGUUUUGCCAUGGCAAAUUUUAAUGGCCUGGUGUAUGCUUUUGUGUAGGGCAUGUAAGCAUGUUUUGCCGUAGUAUUGUGCACAUAUGUUCCAAGAUAAGGAACUAGUCUAUAUGUCUGUCUUACGAGAUUAUGUACUUGUAUGUUGUAUAUUACCUGUUGUACUCUAUAAUUUUCUGCGUGCUAGCAUUUGGAACAGAAAUAAAAUGAUCCGUCAGGCAUCUGGCCGUAUGUACUUGCAAUUUUACAUGUUGUAUAAUACCUCUAUGUUAGCGUA